CGCGGAGACUAAGUAAACGGCACCGUUUUGCAAUCCCAACAACCCGCAAUCCUCAACUUGCAGCUCUGCCACAGUCACCUUUGCAUCACUCCGUUUGCCGCCGUAGCGGUCCCUGCAUUGCCACUCCUCCCGGGAUCUGAAAGGGCAAGCGAUAGCCCACAAUGGCCGACUACGACCGCAGACCAGGCGGCGGCGGCAGCAGUUACAACCCCAAGAAACGUCGCUUCAGAGAGGACGAUGACUACGACCGCCGCGGCCCCCGCCGGCGCUACGAGGCGCCGCCGCACGUGCGCUUGCGCAAGCAGCUGAUCGCCAUCGCCGAGAACCCGAUGCGGCCCUGGCACGAAGAGGUGCAGGCGAUCGCGACGCUCUUCACGGACAACUGGGACGACGAGCUGCUGCGCGGCAACUUCGUCGACCUGGCGCUGCAGCUGGCCGUCGAGCAGCCGCUCAAGACGCCCUUCGUCGCGGCCGUCGUGCUCGUCGCCAACGUGACCAGGCCCGAGGUCGUGGACCUGCUGCUGGCGAAGCUGGCCGCGUCGGUGGAGAAGGGGAUCAAGGCCGGCGAGUGGAGGGAUGUGAAGCUCUAUCUGAAGCUGCUGGCGUGCCUGCAAGGGUGUCUUGAGGGGGAGGGCAUCUUUCCGCUGCUGGAGGGCCUUUUUGAGAGGGCGGUGGACCUGCAGACGGCUAGUUCGGAGGAUACGAUCGGGACGGAGAUUGUCAAAAUCAUCCUCUUGACGCUUCCGUACGUCAUGGCCGCUGCGCCGGGCCAGUGGGUGCAGAAGGCGGCCGAUCUGAUGGAGAAAACGGAGAUUAUUGCUUCAGAGCCACACGCCCUACAGACGCUCAUCGAGCCCUAUCACCCCGAGAGCGGCGAGGAAGCUCCUCCGCAGUCGCAGAGCUUGAUCGGGCUGCUCCAGACUCAACUCCAGAGCGAGGCCAACAAUGGCUGGGUGCUGCCCUGCCUGCCGAGGCCGUGGCAGUUACCCCUGAGCGAUGUCGAACAGCAGUCUCAGCUCGACAACGCCACCAAGCACGCCCUCCCUCCUAUCGCGAUUCCUGAAACGGUUAUCACCGGCCCGCGGCCGCUGUUCCCGGAGGUUUACUUUUCUGUCUACGCAGGUCAGGACGUCGAGUCUGUGCCUCCGUUGAGUAACGCCGCGGCGUCGCUGAUCCGGGAUGCUUUGCUCGAUACGAUCAACGUCCUUCACUUUAAUCGCAACGUUGCCGCACGGCACUUGAUCGAUCUGGACUGCUACUUUGCGCCGCGGACGUUUGCGGCACGAGCCACGCCCUUCGACAAGCUGCGCGACAUCGAGCCACCCAAAUCGACGUGGAAGCCGGAGGACGUCGCGGUUGACGCUGUCUUCUCUCAGCUCUUCCAGCUGCCGAACCCCGAGCACAAGCUUGUUUUCUACCACUCCGUCCUCACCGAGGCAUGCAAGCUUGCCCCGGCCGCGAUAGCGCCGAGCUUGGGGCGCGCCAUUCGCUUUCUCUACCGGAAUUCGCCUCGCCUCGACCUGGAGCUGGCCAACCGCUUCAUCGACUGGUUCUCGCACCAUCUAAGCAAUUUCGGCUUCACCUGGAAGUGGACAGAGUGGGUGGACGAUGUGUACCUGCCGGAUGUCCAUCCGCGGAAGGCGUUCAUCAACGGCGCGCUCGACAAGGAGAUCAGGCUCAGCUUUGCGCAACGCAUCAAGAACACCCUACCGGAUCCCUAUAAAGAGCUGAUCAGCCCAGAGAAGGAGAAGGAUGCGCCGGAUUUCAAGUUCGCCAGUGAUGAUACCCCAUUCGCAGCCGAAGGACGCGAGAUUUUGGCCCUGCUCAAGCGCAAGGCUCCCGACGAGGAGAUCGAGGCGGUGAUCCAGCGCAUCCAGUCGCUCGCCAUCGACCGCGAGAUCGACGCGCUCGUGGCGAGCACCGACGUCUUCGUGACGUGCGUGCUGCACUUCGGCAACAAGUCGCUCUCGCACGUCCUGGCCGCCAUCGAGCGCACCAAGGAUCGCCUCGCCGACGCGGGCGCCGCCUCGGACGCCGCGCGCACCCAGAUCAUCUCGGCUACCAUGGCCUACUGGUCCGCACACCCGGGCGUCGCCCUCUCCAUCAUCGAGAAGCUCCUCAACUACAGCAUCCUGACCCCGGCCACUGUCAUCAACUGGGCCUUGAUCGGCCGCGCGGGCAGCACCCGCGGCGAGGCGCUCGCCACCGCGCACUUGUACGAGAUGGUGUUCAACACGGUCAUGAAAGUCACCGGCCGCGUGCGCCAGCUCGCGACGAAGCCUCCAUCACCCCCGCACCAACAAGCACAAUCCUCGGCGGACGCCGAGGAGGCGGAGACGCGCGAGCGCGAGAUCCGCGCGAUGCGGGCGCUGUUCGCCGCCAUCGAGGACGCGCUCGCGGCCUGGGCGGCCGGCAGCAAGGACGAGAUGAUGGAGGCCAGCGAGGGCGCCGCCGGCGACAGCGAGACCGAGCGGCUCGUGCGCCGCUGGGGCGAGCGCUGGCUGCGCGUCUUCCGCCGGCGCGCGGCCAUCGAGGAGGCCUUCCUCGUCGAGGCGGAGAAGGAGCGCGCGAGGCUGCGGGCCGAGAUGGAGGAGCAGGCCCGGGAGCAGGAGCAGGCCCGGGCGCGGGAGCGGGAGCUGGAUGGGCAGGGCGGGGAGGGGAUGGAGGUUGCUUAGAUUGCCGGUUGGGGGGUGGUGGACCUUCGCCGUCUUUUCUUUCCCUUUGAAAGGGAGAGGGGCAUGACUUGGAGUCUUGCUUUGCCUGGUGAACUGGACAGGGCGUCGCAAAGCACACGUUGUAUGAUUGUCGUGUAUGUUACCGCAUUUCCAUACCUUGGAAGGCAAACGAAAGACAGGAGGGUAAAGCCUGUUCCGGGAAUCUACAAGCGGCCAGUGCCACAAAAAAAAUCUAUUAUUUUUGUUUUCAAAUGGCAUCAUAUGGAGCAACAACAUUCUA